CUUACCCCCCCCUACACCCCAGCCUCAGACAACAUUUCUUGAUGUUUAUCUGGUCGCUGAUGCUGGAGGGGUGAUUGCGUAUCAGAAGAAAUACAGAAAAAAUAUAUAUAUAUUUAUAUAUGCUUGUAUAAUCAAGAAUUUCUGUUUUGGGGGAAAUUCGCGUGCUGAUUUUUCGCAAAACAGAUGUUUUAAUCGAAAAUGGGGAAGAAAGGGGGUUGGUUAUCUGCAGUCAAGAAGAUCUUCAGCUGCCAAUCUAGCCACAACAAACAAAAGAAGAAUCGAAGAUCGGAAAAAUGGUCCGAGAAACAGGGGACCGUAGAUUUAGAUUCUUCCAACACCCGAAACACCACAGAAGAGGUGAAAUUAGCCGAAGCCGAAAAUGAACAGAACAGGCACGCUUACUCCGUCGCUCUCGCCACCGCCGCAGCCGCCGAGGCGGCCGUUGCCGCCGCCCACGCCGCCGCGGAGGUCGUCCGUCUGACGUCCACACCCCGUAAUUUGGGCAGAACCCGAGAAGAGUUGGCUGCUGUCAAGAUUCAGACAGCUUUCCGUGGCUACUUGGCACGUAGAGCGUUGAGGGCUUUGAGAGGUCUAGUGAGGCUGAAAUCGUUAGUGGGAGGGCAGUCGGUGCAAAAGCAAGCGGCAACUACCUUACGACAUAUGCAGACACUUGGCCGUUUGCAAUACGAGGUUCGUGCGAGGAGAAUACGAAUGUCUGAAGAUAAUUCAGCUACCCAGAGACAAAUAUUGCAGAAACGCGAAAAGGAGAUUGAGAAGUUGAGACUAUCUAUUGGAGAGGAUUGGGACGACAGUAAGCAAUCGAAAGAGCAGAUUGAAGCUAAUCUUCAGAUUAGACAAGAAGCUGCUGUAAGAAGGGAGCGCUCGUUGGCCUAUGCCUAUUCACAUCAGCAAACGUGGAGGAACACACCAAACUCUGGUAACCAAACAUUCAUGGAUCAAAAUAUUCCCCGUUGGGGUUGGAGUUGGCUUGAGCGAUGGAUGGCUUCUCGACCAUGGGAAAACGGGGUUCCGAUUAUCCCAACCGACAAAUCAGAACCAAACGGGAUUAUCAACUCUCCAACUCCUAAAAAACAAAGCCGCCCUCCAAGCAGACAAUCCCCAUCAACCCCCAGGUCAAAAUCAACCAAUCGAAUAACGCCACAUAGCCCUAGAGGAACGUUAACAACAAACGGUAGAGACGAAGAUUCAAGGAGCAUAAAUAGCGUUCAAUCCGAUCGAUGCAGAAGGCACAGCAUUGCAGGUUCUUGUUCGUCUGUGAGAGACGACGAGAGCCUUGCUAGCUCACCUGCAGUUGUCCAAGGCUAUAUGGGGUCCACCGAGUCUGCUCGGGCCAGAGCGCGGGCCCCCAGCCCGUUGGGAGGGGAGAAAAUGGGGACACCUGUCAAGAAACGGCUGUCUUUCUCCGGGUCGCCAGCUGGCAUGGCCAGGAGGCAUUCGGGCCCGCCGAAGGUUGAUUUUAGUCCUAGUAAGGAUAUCGGAGGAAAUUCGUGAUGGAGAUUGGUAAUAGUGUGUGUGUGUGUGUGUGUUUCUUGGAGAGAGAGAAAAAAAGGUUGUUUAUUAUUAUUUUUUAUUAUAUUUUUUUAUUCGGGUUACGACUAUGAGUAUCUAUUAUUGCAUAUUGUAAUCGAAGUCACUCCGUUUGUGCUCUGCUAUGUGUUCGUUGUACGAUUGUCGAUUUGAAAGGGUUUUUGUGUGUGAUUACGCGGUUCUUGAUCGUAA